UUUCAUUAGUACAAUGACGUCAUUCCACCAAUAAGAAGCUGCCCGAGGACAGUCAGUGAAAAACAAAACUGCUUGAGAUAAAUCCAGUUCACAGAUUACAGAAAUUUAGAUGUGCUUGGAAAAUUAUCAUGGCUUGUCCCUUUCAGUCUAAAAGCUUUAGUGAAGUAUCAAGGAAUGACAAAAAUGAUGUCACUUCUGACAACUCAUCCACCGGAGAGAAGCAUCCAAAUAUGCUGUAUGGAGAAUAUCUUCAGCUGGAUCAACUUCUAAGCUGCGUCAAACUGGCUUCAGAGAGGUAUGGUAAGGAACUAGUACACGAUGAGCAUCUUUUCAUAAUUACUCAUCAAGCAUAUGAAUUGUGGUUCAAACAAAUAAUAUUUGAAUUGAAUUCUGUAAGGAAACUCUUUUCUAGCGAAGCAAUUGAUGAAAAUCGAAUGCUUCGCAUUACUUCCCGCCUGAAUAGAAUUGUGGUUAUAUUAAAGCUCCUAGUUGACCAAAUAGUCAUUUUAGAAACCAUGGCACCCUUGGACUUCAUGGAGUUCAGGGGAUACCUGUCACCAGCAUCUGGAUUCCAGAGUGUUCAAUUUAGAUUAAUCGAAAAUAUGCUGGGAGUUAGAAAUGAGCACAGAGUGAAUUUCAGCAAGGAUAAGUACAUCACUGUUUUUACAGAUGAAGAGGCGAUUAAUACAGUCUUACAAUCGGAGCAAGAAUUAUCGCUGUGUGAUUUGGUUCAGAAAUGGUUGGAAAGAACUCCGGGCUUAGAACCAAAGGGUUUUAACUUCUGGAAGAAAUUUGAAGACGCAAUUAAUUCCCAGCUAGAGUCUCUAAAAUUGCAAAUGGAUGAGGAAACAGAUGAGAAAAUCCGAGAAGAUCUCAAAGUUGAAUACGAGCAAAAAAAGAAAACUUUCGAGAGUUUAUUUGACAUUGAACGACACAAGGCUUUGGUUGCUAGAGGAGAAAGACGGUUUUCUCACAAAGCUCUACAAGGAGCUCUAAUGAUAUCCCUUUAUAGAGAAGAGCCAAGAUUCAAUCAGCCAUUUCACAUUUUAACUCAACUGAUGGAUAUUGAUGCUUAUAUUACCAAAUGGAGGUACAAUCACGUACUUAUGGUGCAAAGAAUGAUAGGUUCCCAACAGUUAGGAACAGGAGGAUCAUCUGGAUAUUGGUAUCUUAGAUCUACUCUGAGUGAUCGUUACAAAGUAUUUGUUGACCUGUGCAAUUUGUCAACUUUCCUCAUUCCUGCUUGUUACAUUCCACCAUUAACAGUACAAAUGAAACAUCGUUUAUCUAUUAGAGAGGAGCCAGAAUCUGAUGAAGCAGAUCCAGCUUGCUAAUAAAGAAAUGGAUUUAAUGUAUCUUUUUUUGUUACUUUUUUGAUAAAGUGGCAAAAUAAUGUGAAAACUUAUAUUUAAAAAAAAAAAAACUGCAAUGAAAAAUGCUUAUCUUUAAAAUGCUCAUUAAUUCAUGUAAUGGCCAAAUGUAUGAACUGAAACCAAUAUUAUGUGAAAAGUAUAUAUUGAUGCAAGUGCUUAUGCAUGAAAUAAAAUGAAACAGAAAUAA